CAAAUUUAACAACUCCAACAACGCAACGAACACUUCAAUGCAUUUGUUUUUGUUGUUGAUUUUGAUUGUGUUGUCCAAUUCUUCUUACAUUACAAUUACAAUUGUUGCACACACAAACAACAUAACAACUCCAUUAGAGGAGGAGAGAGAAAACACAAGAGAAUCCUUCUGUUCUGUUCUCUGAACAUUGAGAGAGAUUUUACGUUACGUUUAACUUCAACCUAAUUUGAAUUUUAUUUCUUCAUUUUUUUUUCUUUGAUCGCGGACUAAAAAGCUCUGCAAAUUUGACGAAUUCGUGUUUUUGAAGCUCAAAAGUCAAAUUCGGAGCAACUGUAGAAGAUAAUCAGAAAUUGUUGUUUUUUUCGUUGGAUUUUCUUUGGAAGAAAUUUGUGGAUUUUAGGUGGAAUUUGAGGUAAAUUUUUAAGCUUAUUUGGAAUUUUAGGAAGUUGAUGUUGGUUUUAGUUCAUAAUUUGAUAUUUAGGGUUCAUGGAGAGGGUAUAAGUGUUGAUUUUCUAGGCAUUUGUUUGUGUUUAGGCGAAUUUUGAGUUGUGUGGGGUUUUAAAAAAGUAAAUAAGCUGGAGAAGAAUGAAGUUUGCAGUAAUAAUAUUAUGAUGAUGUUGAUGAUGAUGAUGGCAUACACAAUAUUUGAGGUAGGAAAGCAAUGAUGGUUUGGAGAAUUGGCAUUGUUCUUUUAUGGGGUUAGUAGUUGUCUCACUGAGUUUUAGGAUUAGUAUUAGUGGUUUUUGGAGUAUUUCAAAUGGGUAAAUUUUCGAGGUUGGGGAGAGCACAACAACGCUGGAUUUCGCAAUUUAGAUGGGUGAUUCACAGAGGAGUGGCCCGGCUGAAAGGGACAUUGGACAGGCACUUACCGCAUUGAAGAAAGGGGCAACUUUGCUGAAGUAUGGGCGAAGAGGGAAGCCUAAGUUCUGCCCAUUUCGGCUAUCUAAUGAUGAAUCUGUAUUGAUAUGGUAUUCUGGGAGGGAGGAGAAGCAGCUUAAACUCAGUCAAGUUUCAAGGAUUAUUCCUGGGCAACGAACUACAAUUUUUAAGCGAUAUCCUCGACCUGAAAAGGAGUAUCAAUCAUUUUCUCUUAUAUACAAUGAUAGAUCUUUGGAUUUGAUAUGCAAGGACAAGGAUGAAGCUGAAGUGUGGUUUGUUGGUCUUAAAGCACUAAUUUCUAAUAGUGGGACUAGUGGCUGGCGUAAGUUGAGAAAUGAAGCAAGGGAGAGUAGUACUUCUGCUGAUGGUUCAAUUACCCGGAGAAUUCAUCAACCAUUUACACCACUUGAUGCUGGGAAUGCACUCUGUCAAGUUCCUCUUGAGAGUCCUCCACAAACUGGCAUGGGGAAGGCAUUUUCCGACAUAAUACUAUAUACUGCAUCAUCGACCAGCUUCAGUCAGAUUGAGGCAUCCAGCUAUACAGCUAGCUUACCGCCAUCUGUCAGCAUAGAAAAUUUUAUGGGCCGAAGUUCAUCAUCUGAUAAUAUUCGUAUUAGUUCUGAUAAUGUUCGUAUUAGUUCCGACAAUUUACGUAUUAGCUCAUCAAGCAUGGUAAGUUCAUCAAGUCAGGGAUCUUUUCUAGAUGAUUUUGAUUCCUUGGGUGAUGUUUUCAUUUGGGGAGAAGGUGUUGGUGAGGGCAUCAUGGGUGGUGGCUCCCUUGGAGUUUUACGUAGUGGCAAGUUUGAUGCUAAUCUGCCCAAGGCACUAGAAUCAACAGUGGUCCUUGAUGUUCAUCAUAUAGCUUGUGGUGUCAGCCAUGCAGUAUUGGUUAACAGGCAAGGAGAAAUCUUCAGUUGGGGGGAGGAGUCAGGAGGCAGGCUUGGUCAUGGUGUAGAAGUUGAUGUGUCCAAUCCAAAGCUGAUUGACCGUUUUAGUGGCAUGAAUAUUGAACUGGUUGCAUGUGGAGAAUAUCAUACUUGCGCAAUCACAACUUCUGGUGAUCUUUUUACAUGGGGUGGUGGUUCUUGUAAUUCUAGUAUGCUUGGACAUGGAAGUGAGGCAGGUCACUGGGUACCUAAAAGAGUAUGUGGCCCUCUAGAUGGUAUGCCUGUGUCCUAUGUCUCUUGUGGACCUUGGCAUACUGCUGCAGUUUUAUCAACUGGAUCGCUGUUUACAUUUGGAGAUGGGACGUUUGGUGUCCUAGGUCAUGGAGACCGCAUCAGCUAUUCUGUUCCAAGGGAAGUUGAGGCCUUAAAAGGACAACGAACCCUGAGGGUUGCUUGUAGUGCUUGGCAUACUGCUGCGAUUGUUGACAUGCUGGAAAGUGAAGCCUCUUUCGAUAGAUCUUUCUCAGCAACAGGGAAGCUCUUUACUUGGGGUGAGGGUGAUAAAGGCCAGCUUGGACAUGGUGACAAGGAAGCUAGACUGAUCCCUGAGUGUGUAGUAGUGCUAAUGGAUAUAAGUUUCUCUAAAGUAGCCUGUGGACAUGAUUUCACUGUAGCUCUCACCACUACUGGACAUGUUUAUACAAUGGGCAGUACUGCUUAUGGACAAUUAGGUUGUCCUGAAGCUGACGGAAGGGUUCCAGUUUGUGUCGAGGGUAAGAUUGCAGACAAUUAUGUAGAAGAUAUUGCCUGUGGAUCUCAUCAUGUUGCAGUUUUAACAUCUAAGGCAGAAAUUUUCACGUGGGGAAAAGGUACAAAUGGGCAAUUAGGUCAUGGAGAUUAUGAACACAGAAAAGUACCUACUCUUGUUGAGUUCAUGAAGGAUAACCAAGUGAAGAGUGUAGCAUGUGGAUCCAAUUUCACUGCUGCAAUAUGUCAACACAAAUGGGUUUCUGGGACGGAUCAUUCUACAUGUACGGGCUGUCAUAACCCAUUUGGUUUCCGGAGGAAACGUCACAAUUGCUAUAACUGUGGGCAGGUGUUUUGCAAAGUAUGCAGCAGUCGCAAAUCUCUGAAAGCUUCUUUGGCUCCAAACAUGAAUAAGCCUUACCGGGUUUGUGAUGAUUGUUAUGUGAAACUAAAGAAAGCAACGGAACCUGGGAAUAUGCGAAUUCCUAGACCCGUCAGUAGAAUUGGUCCUCAGAAGUUCAACGAAGGAGCAGACAAGGAGACAUUACUUCCAAAAUAUGCGGGACUAUCAUUUGUCAAUUCCUUAAAGAGAACUGAUAGUGAUCGUUCUAAGGGUGGUGCCAAACAAGGAAAAGCUGAGAGCUCUGUUCUUCCUAUUUUCAGUGGGUUCUUUCAACCUGGAAGCAUUCAUCAAUCGAGCACUUCAUCUCCUAUAUUGGGAGCCUCAGAUAAACGAGUUUCAGCCUCUGCUCCUGGUUCCAGAAUGGCUUCUCGAGCUGCAUCACCUGUUUCACAAGGGUGCAGUCCAGUUGGAUCAUCAACAUUAAUCACUUCCAUUAGUGUUCCUACCUCUCCUGAAGUCAUGGCUCCUAACUCAAAAGAUACAAUUGAUUAUUCGAGGCAAGAAGUCGUUCAAUUAAGAGCAGAGGUUGAAAAGCUUACUGCUGACAAUAAGCUUCUUGAAUUUGAACUGGAGAGAACAAGAAAGCAACUUAAGGUGGCCAAGGUGAUAGCAGUAGAUGAGACUGAAAAAUCUAAAGCUGCUAAGGAAGUCAUAAAGUCUCUGACUGCACAGUUGAAGGAGAUGGCUGAAGAGUUACAAGGAAGAAACAGCGCUAGCAGCAAAUUAGACUCUCGUGCACAAUCCUCUGGGUCCUUUAGAAAGGUUUCUGAUGAGAGCCAUUUAACUAGCGUUUUGUCUCCUAGAAGCGAGUCAAAUAUGACUGUGGAUGCCUUACUAACUAAUGGAACCAGUGCGCAGUCUGAAAAGGCAGAGUGCGUUGUACAAGAUGAACCUGGUGUAUACAUAACUCUUUGCUCCUUGCCAGGAGGCGGUCAUGAGCUCAAGCGGGUGCGCUUCAGUCGCAAACGUUUCAGCGAAGGACAAGCAGAGAAGUGGUGGGCUGAAAACAGCAGCAGAGUAUGUGAGCGGCACAAUAUACGUAACCAAUAGGUAUCACCAAAGAUCUGGAGUACUGACCAUUCUGGAAGCAAAGCUGGUCAAACUGCCAGUCUUCCCACUUGGAAUCUGCCAACUUAGUUGCUCGGUUGGUUUUGGCAGAUAAAGUAGCAUGAGCAGCAACAGGAUGGAAAGAACUAGGUACAGAAUGCUCUAUAACACGUCCAUGCUUUCAGGAGCGGUUCUAAAUCUCUUUCUUCCUACAUUGAUAUCCAUUUUUUGUCAUCAUUGUGAUUGUAUAGUUAGACAAUCGAUUAAAGUUACAGAAUCACUGUAGUACUAGUUUUGUAUAGAAUACGCAUGACUGUAAACUUCUACUUACAGAUGAAGUGGGAAUAUGUCUUUUUGCUUCAA